AUGCUGCGCUUCGAUCACCCUGUUAUAGCGUGCAAACUGGCAUGGCCGGAGCUCAAAGACAGUAUCGCUGCUUCGUUCGUUGGUGCAAGAUUUGCCUACCAGGUCUUUGGCUGCAAGGAUGACGAAGACGAAUGGAUUUCCCAGACUGUCACGGUGCAUGGUGAGGCGGUGAGAGCAGCCGGAGGAGAUAUAGAGACGGCCAUUUCUCUAGUCACGCAGGAGUUAGGGAGACCUGCAGAUAAGCCGCCCACAGUCUUUUUUGAAGUCCACGUCAUCCCUGCCACCUUGCACAGCUCUUCGUGCGGCAUAGUGCUCCGCCUUGGGCAUUCCAUUUUUGACGCCAUUGGCGCGUUCCAGACCCUGGAUCUUCUGAACGAGCGAAUAGCUCGAGCGCUAGGCUCUCGCGACGAGGUGGUAUUCGACUGGGGUGCGGAGGUGACGCUGCUGGCAGAACCCCCGCCGGAACGCGCGAAGGUUCCGUGGUCCUCUGAUCGGUCGAACCAUGAAUCCUUCGUUCCAGAGGGCCAUAUAGAAGCCUUACGUCUGAACAAGACGCUUCCUGGGGUACCCUACUCCCAUCGAUCGGAACCACGCAUAGGGACUGGAGUCAUGAAGACGGUGCCUGAAGAGUCGCUAGAACGACUGCUUCAAGCCGCCCGGAAGCGUGGUUGCACGCUGUUCAGUAUACUGCUGGCGGUUAUGCUGCUGACCCUCCUUCGAACCAACUCUCUCGAGGAUAUCCCGGAAAUUAACACCGCAUUUUACCCUGCACCCGUCAACCUCCGUGCCAAGCACCUGAAACCCAACCUCAAUCCCCGAGACAGGACUCAAUGGCGCAUCGCGAAUGUCCUUGGGUUCGAAACGUAUAUACUUAGGAAUCUGGAGCGAUUCGUGCGUCCCGAUAUGUCCACCAAGAAUCCACAAAUUGUGGACGACGUGGGGACUCUAGCGCAAAUGAUCCGAGACCAAGGCGACCGACAGCGGUUUUGCAACGACAGCAUAAUAUACUGGGCAGACCAGUUCUUGCAAAUGCAAAUGUGGAGUGUUGUUAUUCCAAGGUAA